AUGGCGGCGCUCUUGACCCCGGCGCAGGUGAUGGUGACCUUCAAGGAUGUGGCCGUAACCUUCACCCGAGAGGAGUGGGGACAGCUUGACGUGGACCAGAGGACCCUGUUCCGGGAGGUGAUGCUGGAGACCUGCGGGCUCCUGGUCUCCCUGGGGCACCCAGUCCCCAAACCAGAGCUGAUCCACCUGCUGGAGCAUGGGCAAAAGCUGUGGACAGGAGCCAGAGGCCUCCCGCGUAGCACCGGCCCAGGUGACAGAGCAAAAUGUCAGACCAGAGAGCCAAGCAAUUCUCAGCCAGUUUUACCUGAGGAAGCCUUGCUCCGGGGAAGCCUGACUCUGGGAUCUUCCUGGGACUCCAGGUUGGGGCGAGCUGGGGCUCCACAAGGGCUCUUGGAAAUGCAGAGAGGUCCAGAGAGGCCAGAGAUGGAUGCUGGCAAGGAGGCCCAUCCUGGGAAGACGAGUCUUGAGGAUGAUGGUUUAGGGGCAGGUGAUGGUCUGCACUCAGGGGCGUUCCAGGAGAGAGUUUCUCGGGCGGAUUUUCUCCACGAACGUGACCCACAGCGACCUGGAAAAGGUACCCCCCUUCCUCACCUCUAUAAGUGUAAGCAGUGCGGGAAGGCUUUCAACAGGAGGUGGUACCUCGUGCGCCACCAGCGGAUUCACACGGGCAUGAAGCCCUACGAGUGCAACGCGUGUGGGAAAGCCUUCAGCCAGAGCUCCACGCUGAUCCGCCACUACCUCAUCCACAGCGGGGAGAAGCCAUACAAGUGCGCGGAGUGCGGCAAGGCCUUCCAGCGCAGGUCCUACCUCGUGCAGCACCAGCCGCACCACGUCAUCCACACGGGGGAGAAGCCCUACGAGUGCGCGGAGUGCGCCAAGGCCUUCCGCUGCAGCUCGGAGCUGCUGCAGCACCAGCGGGUCCACACCGGUGAGAAGCCCUACGCCUGCACCCAUGUAUGUGGCAAAGCCUUCAGUAAGAAGUACAAAUUCACGGAGCACUGGAGAGUUCACACUGGAGAAAAACCUUAUUUGUGCAGUGACUGUGGAAAGUUCUUUAGACAGAGCUCCAGUCUUAUUCACCAUCGGAAAGUUCACACAGGAGAAAGGCCUUAUGAGUGCUGUAACUGUGGGAAAGUCUUUGUCCACAAAUACAAACUUUUUGAACACCAGAGAACCCACACUGGAAAAAGACCCUAUGAGUGUACUGAAUGUGGGAAAGCCUUCGCCCGCAAGGAUUCACUUGUCCAGCAUCAAAAAAUCCACACUGGAGAGAAUCCUCAUAAGUGCAGUGAGUGUGGGAAGUGCUUCCUGUACAGAAAUAAACUUCUUGCUCACCAGAGGAUCCAUAGUGGAGAAAAGCCUUAUGGGUGUAGCAAAUGUGGUAAGUCUUUCAUCUUCAAAAUAAGGCUGCUUUAUCACCAGCGAGUCCACACUGGAGAAAAACCUUUUAUGUGCAGUGAAUGUGGGAAAGCCUAUGUCUACAAAGGAAGUCUUGUUCACCAGAGAACCCACACUGGAGAAAGACCCUAUAAGGAGAAACUCUAUGAGUGCAGCGAGUGUAGGAGAGCCUUCAGCCGCAAGUCUCACCUCACGGAGCACCAGCGGAUUCACACUGGAGAAAAGCCUUUUGUGUGCGCUGAGUGUGGCAAAGCCUUCAGCCGCAGGUCACACCUCACGGAGCACCAGCGGAGUCACACUGGAGAGAAGCCCUAUGUGUGCAGUGAGUGCGGAAAGGCCUUUGCCCACCAAUCUGACUUCCUUCGGCAUAAUAGAACCCACACUGGGGAGAAACCCUUUGAGUGCAAAGAGUGUGGGAAAGCCUUUAGUGACAGCUCUUCUGUAACUCGCCACAUGAGGUGUCACUCUAGGGAGAAGCCCUAUGAGUGCCGUGAGUGUGGAAAAACCUACAGCUACAGCUCAACCCUUACCACCCAUCAAAAGAUUCACAGUGGAGUGAAAUCCUACACAUGUAUGAGUUCAGGAAAUCCUGUCUGUCCCACUUUUUUUUUUCCUGUCCCACUUUUAAAGCCUGUGAGAGACCUGAUCAUUUCUCCUCUCUCUGGCCACCAGCACUCCAUGGUAUUUACUUCCUCACAGGUUAGGGUUAGGGACAGUCUCCACUCACACUCUCAUCACCACUACCCCUGUCUCUUUUUCCCUGCGAAGACUUUGGACAAUUUUGACACACAGAUUGAGCCUCUCCUCUUCACAACCCUCCCUGGCUACUGGCGGCCGCACAAUGAAGGUCCAGCUGCUGCGGCUGCCUUGUCCGGUGUGACUCAUCCUCUCAUGCGGUUGCGUGCAGACUCCAGACAAAUCUCAGGUUUAAGACUCUCAGUUCUGUCACUGUUUCAAGGCUUUGAUCGCGCCGGUCCCGCGGCCUGUAACCCUCUCCCACGCCCCAUCAUACUGGCUGACAGAAAUACGGCCUCUCGCCCACUCUCUCCUUACAGACCUGGACCCAGGGUCUUGAGCAGGGGACGAUCAAGGUGGCCUUUAGCGUCUAAUGGGAUCCUUGGGAAGGAGACUGCUCACAGACUGCUCUCUCCAUUGUGGCAGGGAAAUGUGACCUUUGAGGAUGUGUUCGUGUCCUUCUCCCAGGAGGAGUGGGGGCUCCUUGAUGAGGCUCAGAGGCUCCUGUACAGCGAAGUGAUGCUGGAGAACUUUGCACUGAUGGCCUCACUGGGUUGUUGGCAUGGAAUGGAGGAGGAUGAGAUCCGUUUUGAGCAGAGCAUUUCUGUAAAAAGAGUGUCUCAGGGCAUGAUUCUUAAGACAAUUCCAUCUUCCCAGAAGGCCCACCCCUGUGAGACAUGUGGCCCGAUCUUGAGAGAUGUUCUGCAUGUGGCUAAGCAUCAGGAAACACGUCCUGGGCAGAAACCAUACCUGUCUGUGGCAUGUGGGAAACAGCUGUGGUUCAGUGCAAACUUCACCCUCCACAAUCAGCACAGUGGAGAGAAACCCCGCAGAAGGGACAUGCACAAGGCCCUUCUUGUGAGCAGCUGCCCUGUCCAGUUGUCGGAGACAUCCUUUACCAUGGGGGAGGGUUGUGAGGAUUUCCCAACCGGCUCAAGCAUGUUUCAGCACCAUUACCCUCUUAGCAACCGCAAAGACUCACUUGUUCAGCACCAGAGAGUCCACACUGGAGAGAGGCCUUACAAGUGCAGCGAAUGUGGGAAAACCUUUAGCCGCAAACCCAUACUUGCACAGCACCAGAGGAUCCACACUGGAGAGAUGCCUUACGAGUCGAAUGUGGAAAAGCCUACAGUCACAAAUCCACACUUGUUCAGCAUGAGAGCAUCCACACUGGAGAAAGGCCUUAUGAGUGCAGCGAAUGUGGAAAAUACUUCGGCCACAAAUACAGACUCAUUAAACACUGGAGUGUUCAUACUGGGGCACGGCCUUAUGAGUGCAUUGCAUGUGGGAAGUUUUUCAGCCAAAGCUCCGAUCUUAUUGCCCACCAGAGAGUUCACAAUGGUGAGAAGCCGUAUGUGUGCAGUGAGUGUGGAAAAGCCUUUAGCCACAAACAUGUGCUUAUCCAGCACCUUAGAAUCCACACUGGAGAAAGGCCGUAUAAAUGCAGUGAGUGUGGGAAAGCCUUCAGGCAAAGGGCUUCCCUCAUCAGACAUUGGAAGGUUCAUGCUGGAGAAAGGUCAGUGCCUUAUGAGUGUAGCCAGUGUGGGAAGUGUGUUAAGGACAGCUUCACACUCACUGUUCAUCAGAGAGUUCACACAGGAGAAAAGCCAUAUAAAUGCAGCGAAUGUGGAAAAUUCUUUAGUCAAAACUCCCACCUCAUUCGGCACCAAAACGUCCACACCAGAGAAAAAACUUAUGAAUGUAGCAAAUGUGGGAAAUUCUUUAUGGACAGCUCCACCCUCAUUAUUCAUCAGAGAGUCCACACUGGAGAAAAGCCUUAUGAGUGCAGAGAAUGUGGGAAAGUCUUUAGGUACAACUCCAGCCUCAUUAAACAUCGGAGAGUUCACACUGGGGAAAGGCCUUAUGAAUGUAGUUCUGGCGAAAGGUCUUAUGACUGCACUGAAUGUGGAAAAGCCUACAGCAGAAGCUCCCACCUUAUGCAGCACCAGAGAUUUCACACAGGGGAAAGGCCUUAUGAGUGCAGUGAAUGUGGAAAAUUCCUUAGCCAAAGCUCUCACCUUAUUGAGCACUGGAGAAGUCACACCAGGGCGAGGCCUUAUGAGUGCAUUGAAUGUGGAAAAUUCUUUAGCCAUAACUCCAGCCGCAUUAAACAUAGGAGAGUCCACACAGGAGCAAAGUCUUAUCACCAGAGAAUCCACACUGGAGAAAGGCCUUUUCGGUGCAGCGAAUGUGGGAAAUGUUUUAGGUACAGCUCCACAUUCAUUAGACAUCAGAGAGUUCAUACUGCAGAAAAGCCUUAUAAGUGUAAUGAAUGUGGGAAAUUCUUUAGGUACAAUUCCACACUCAUUAAACACCAGAGAGUUCAUACCGGAGAAAGGCCUUAUGAGUGCAGUGAAUGUGGAAAAUUUUUUAGGUAUCACUGCAGACUCAUUAGACAUAAGAGAGUUCACAGUGGAGAGAGGCCUUAUGAGUGCAGCGAAUGUGGGAAAUUCUUUCGGUACAACUCCAACCUCAUUAAACAUUGGAGAAAUCACACUGGAGAGAGGCCUUAUGAGUGCAGAGAAUGUGGGAAAGCUUUUAGCCACAAGCAUAUACUUGUUGAGCAUCAGAAAAUCCAUACUGGAGAAAGACCUUAUGAGUGCAGCAGAUGUCACAAAGCCUUCAUUAGGAAGUCCCACCUUCAUCAGAGAGUCCAUACUGGCGAGAGGCCUUACGAGUGCUGCGAGUGUGGAAAAACCUUUACUUGUAAGCCCAUACUUUUUAAGCACCAGAAAAUCCACAUUGGAGAAAGGCCUUACAAGUGCAGUAAAUGUGGGAAAGUCUUUAGAUGUAAUUCCAGCCUUGUUAUACAUACAAGAACUCAUACAGGAGAAAAGCCUUAUGAAGGUAGAGAGUGUAGAAAGCUAUUUAGGCAAAGCUCCCAACUUGUUAUACACCAGAGAACUCACACUGGAGCCAAGCCAUAUGAGUGUAGUGAAUGUGGGAAAAGCUUCAUCACUAAAAGCAAACUUGUUCAGCACCAGAGAGUCCACACUGGAGAGAGGCCUUAUGAAUGCAGUGAAUGUGGAAAAGUCUUUAGGUUCAUAUCCAGCCUCAGUAAACAUAGAAGAAUUCACACUGGAGAAAGGCUUACAAGUUGCAAUGAGUGUGGGAAACUCUUCUACCGGAAGUCUAGGCUUGCUCAGCACCAUAGAGUCCACACCGGAGAGAAGCCUUAUGAAUGCAGCGAGUGUGGGAAAGUCUUUAGAUGCAGCUCCAGCCUUGCUAUACACAGAAGAAUUCACACAGGGGAAAGGCCUUAUGAGUGCAGAGAAUGUGGAAAAUUCUUUAGGCAACACUCCCAGCUUGUUGUGCACCAGAGAAUUCACACUGGAGCCAGACCAUAUGAGUGCAGUGAAUGUGGGAAAACAUUCAGUACUAAAACCAAACUUGAUCAGCACCAGCGAGUCCACACCGGAGAGAGGCCUUAUGAAUGUGGAGAUGGGGAAAGGCCUUAUGAGUGUAGUGAAUGUGGGAAGUCCUUUAGGCAAAGAGCCCACCUUCAACACCAUAGAGUCCACACCGGAGAGAAGCCUUAUGAAUGCAGCGAGUGUGGGAAAGUCUUUAGAUGCAGCUCCAGCCUUGCUAUACAUAGAAGAAUUCACACAGGGGAAAGGCCUUAUGAGUGCAGAGAAUGUGGAAAAUUCUUUAGGCAACACUCCCAGCUUGUUGUGCACCAGAGAAUUCACACUGGAGCCAGACCAUAUGAGUGCAGUGAAUGUGGGAAAACAUUCAGUACUAAAACCAAACUUGAUCAGCACCGGCGAGUCCACACCGGAGAGAGGCCUUAUGAAUGUGGAGAGUGUGGGAGAACCUACACCUGUAAACGCAUGCUUGAGCAACACCAGAGAGUCCACACUGGAGAGUGGCCUCAUGAGUGCAGUGAGUGUGGGAAAGCCUUUAGGUACUUCUCCAGCCUUUUUAUGCAUAGAAGAAUUCACAGUGGGGAAAGGCCUUAUGAGUGUAGUGAAUGUGGGAAGUCUUUUAGGCAAAAGGCCCACCUUCAAGGCCACCAGAGAAUUCACAGUGGAGCAAAGACUUUUGAGUGCAGUAAAUGUGGGAGAUGUUUUAGCCAAAAGUCUGUUCUUACUAAACACCAGAGAGUCCACACUGAAGAAAGACCUUAUAAGUGUAGUGAAUGUGCGAAAUGCUUUAGGGAUAGAACUAGUCUCAUUAAGCACCUGA